AUGGCUGCCAUGUGGAAGAUGAUGUGGUUCCUACCCCUCGUGCUUAAGGCACAGGACCCCCUCGCUGAGUGGUUGGAUGACUUGAAGUUUUCCUUGAAGGAUGUGACCCAGGAGAAGGCAGGCAUCACCGUCACAGCAUCAAAGUUGGUUUGCCAGAACCUGCAGCUCACAAGCGUUCAGUCUGCUGUGGCGGGCGUUGGGAUGUCUGUUACUUUGAAUGGCGUGGGCAUCCAGUGCUCAGGGCACUUUGACUACCAUGGCUUGGCCAUCGUCAGCGGCUCCGGCGAUCUCAAUGCAGUUGUGAAGAGCAGCCCUGCUUCUACCGCGACGGUGGUUUUGCAGGGUGGCAAAUUCGACCAGAACGUACCUUGGGCUGUGGACGCUGCGAGCUGCUCCGCUGACAUUGAUUUCAAGCUCACUUUCUCGGGCUCCAUCCUCUCCUCCAUCGUGAACCUUUUUUCUACCCCGAUCUCCAUGCUGAUCAGGACGCAGGCAAUCCAGCAAGCCUGCGAUCAGCUGAAGCAAGUGGCAGCUGGCCCACUGUCCAAGAAGCUGAUGGCUUUCAACCAUCUGAUGCUCCCCCCAACCUCGACAACGCGAACAAACCUCCUGCUUGAAAGCAGUGCCCAUGAGCAUGCGGAGAGGGUGGACGAGGGCUUGAAAGUCACCUUCGAAAGUGUGGCGGAUGACAUGCUGGCAGCGUCAGCCCCGACCCUGCCCGGAGCUCCCCCUGACAGGGCAGCCCACGGCAACCUUCGCUUUGAGAGGAGGCUCGCCCAGGGCGAGACGACUGUGGACUGGACGCGUGAUCCAUCCGUCAGUUGGAUGUCAUGGCUGCUGGAUGACGUCAUCGGCCCGGAGAAGAUGGACCAGGCGCUGCGCUGGGCGUGGAAGGAUGCGCAGUCCGUGGACAUCCCAGGUCCCCUGACCCCAAUCGCCACCAGCACCAUUCAGCAGCCCGAUGCCGGCCUGGAGCUCAAGGUCGAGGCCUUCCUGAAGCAGGCGGUGAUCGAAGGGGCUGAUGGCAUGUCCGCCUUCACCCCAAUACAGGCCCGUGGCCCCAAUGACCUGCGCUUCAAGGUGAGCUGGGGAACACCUGAUCGCCCGGCGUUUGGCAUGGGAGUGGAUGUGCGUGUGAAGGUGCAGGCCAUCGACCUAGCCACUAAGCAGCCGCAGGCGUCAAUGGAGCAGGAGAUGAGCCUACACCUCGCGCUCUUGAAGCCCUCUCUGGAUGUCACUGGCGAGGUGCUCGUUCUGGCAAGCGAGUGGCCUGGCCAGCACACGCUGGCACAGUUCUUGGUGGCACCCCAUGCAUGCCUCACCAGCAUCUUCAAGUCUGUGCCUUCUGUGAAGACGCUGCAGGUGCAGUUCGCCGGCCUUGCGGCACCGCUCAGCUUUGAGGCGAAGACUGUGGGGGCACUGGAGGCGUCCUUGGCCGCGUUGCUGAACAAUGGCGUGGCCUUGUUCAACAAGGUCUACGAGCCGCUGCUUCCCGGUGCCAUCGAGCGCUUCGCGGGCUCCGGUGCGGUCAUGAGCCAGCUGAAUGCGCAGCUGCAGGUGCAGCUGAAGCCUGAGCAGUGCGUGAGCCCAUCCGUGGCAUCACAGCAGGCUCGGCAGACGACUCCACAGUACUACAGCAACUGGCCUCCCAUUUUCGACAACUAUCUGCGAAAGUGGAUUGACAACUUCUUCGACGGCCUGAUUGCGCAUAAUACCACAGUGCUGGAUCAAGGGCUCUCCAACAUGCCGAAGCUGCCUCUACCGUUGGAUGCACAGUUUUCUCUGACAGAGCUACUUGCGACCGGCUUGGAUCAGGUGAGCAAGCUUCGUGUCUUGGUCCCUUCCGAGCAGCACUUAAGUUGGCUGGGAAUGAGCGCGGUGGCCAAGUGCCCGAGUCCUCAGGCUCCUUGGCGGCCAACUUUCUCUGUGAGUGGCAGUGUGGAUGCCGGCAACUUCAAAGGCAACGGCGCGGUCAUCAUGGAGAUGCCCUGUGGUGCAGGCGAUGCACAGCUGGCUGUAGAGUUAGACGUCUGGGCCUUGCUGGACAUGCAGCUUCCACCGAGCAUGACCUGCGCGCUCCUAUCGCCGCUGUCCCACCUCGAUAUCGAGUCGGUGAAUGCGACCUGGACUGGAAAUGGCAGGCUCAUCGUGAAGCCAACCGAUGGUCCCUCACAAGAGCCCUUGCAGCAGAUGUGCAAUCUGCACCCGCGGCUCUGCGAGCUGGGCGUGAAGUUCCGUGAGUACGUCUCCACUACAGCAGGUGCCACCCGCUUGUACCACCUAGCCCGCGAUACCGUCCUCACCAAGUGCACCGCCGUGCCCAAGCUGUCUGCGCCCCAGCAACUCGAUUCUCUACCGAAGGAUGCCUUGGGCUACAGCUAUGUGGACGCUGACAGUACGAAGCUCUGGCUUGCCAGUGUCCUGAUUACCCUGGCCCUAUCUUGCACAUACAGCUUUUGCGCGCAGCUCGGAAAGAUACUCCGUCGCGAUGCCUCCUGUGAGAUGAUGCCAACCACAGCCAUGCCCUUGGCCACGGUUUGCUGGUUUGGGAGCACUCGCUCCCAGGCAAGCAUCAUCCCUAAGACCGCCACCGUAGUCACCAGCACACUCAUGGCCGCCGGACUCGUUGCUCGCAUCCUCGCAUGCUUCUGGCUGCCAUUCGCCGCGGCAGGUGUGGAGGUCAGUCAAGCCUCCGGGGCCACGGUCUUCAAAGACGACGCUUUGCUGGAAUACACCUUCUUCGGCAUCGGCGUGCAGUUUGGAGUUGGGGGCUCCCUGUACUGCGAAGUCCUGUGGUUCUUCAUGUCCUUGGUGUCUUCGCUUACGUCCCACGUGAUCCUCGUGCUGGUUUGGUUGACGCCUUUCCUGGCGAAGCAGCGCCGCCAGCUGCUUCUGAUCGCACUGGUGCUUGCCCGCUUCCCUCUGUCGGAGAUGGAGACAACGGGCAACACCGCCAUGGCUUUGAGCACUGAUGUGCGAAUGCCCCUGGGCAUGACGCAGACUCUGGGCCUGGGCUUGCAGGCUGGAGCCUAUGCAUCCUGGUUCUCCAGUGUAUGCACGUUGCUCGCGAACCUGCUUCUCCUCAAGCUGCUGCCGCGGCCCAUCAAGGAGAAGGACUGGGCAGCCGGCAAGGCGCCACUGCAGGUGACCAUCCUGCAGGGCCUGGCCAGCUGUGCGCUGAUCGCAGGCCUUUAUAUGUGGUGCCUGUGCGACUUCAUGGAGGCCGUUACUGGUGGCAUUGCCGGUGCUCUCAUCGACCCUUCCGCCUUCAGCGCUGCAAGCUUGGGCGCUACUGACAUGGGGCUGAGGAUUAUGGUGAGCGUGACCGCCUUCGGAUGCCCAAUCUUGCACAUCAUCGCCUUCCUUCUGGGUCUCUCUGGCAAGGCUCCCGGUGUUGCUCGCAGCUUGGCAGGCUUUGCCGCCACUUUCUGCCUGUUGGACCUCUUUGCCAUCGGCUUCUUAGUCACCUUCAUCGAGGGCGUCAACGGCUUUGCCUCCUCCGCCAUCCGCGGCUUGGCCCCAGCGGUUUGUGAGGUGGCCAAGGAGGCUGUGGGGGAGGAUUGCUUGAGCAUGCAGAUCAACGUCGUCCCCCUUGGCACCAUGGGCUUGCUGUUGGCCGCAGGUGCUUGGAAUGUCCUCUUGGGUGUCCAGAUUCUCGGGGUUGGCCAGGGCAAGCCCGCCGUAGCGGCCGAAGCGGAAGGCGGAGUAGGGCCAGGGCCAGUGCAAAACGGGAGCGCGCCGUCAACGUUUCAGGAUUGCAGAGACCCUGUUCAACCUACAGCAUGA